UGCCUACCAGUCUUGACUUGACGCGCGGAUCAUUAUCUUUCCUUCUUUUGUUUGAACUCGGGUGUGUGAGUAUAUAUUUCUUGCAGUUGGUUACAAGGGCUUGAUAGCAAAGCCCUCAUUUGUCUUGUUGUGGCAAAAUCGUCCACCGCUUACCAGAGGGACCCCGCCGCUUUCCCUCCGCCCCCUCCUGCGUCUUCCGACACCUACUCGACAGACCCUCAAGAUCUAAUCUCUUGAUUUAACAGCUGAGAUUCCUCACACUACAAACUUCCUUGCGCCUACAGCUCAGGCGUUGAAUCAAGUUCAAGUCCAAGAAUCCAGGAGGUGGCGAGAACCUUCUGACGAGCACGCGAGCCAAGAUGUUGAAGAUAUGGUCUAUGAAACAACAACAGCAACAAGCUGAAAAUGCCGAAGGCGCCGCCGGCAAGAAGAAGAAGAAGGUCACUGCCGCGCAGUUACGGGUUCAGCGAGACCUCCAAGAACUCACCCUAGGCAGCACCAUGAAAAUGACCUUCCCCAACCCCGACGACAUCCUCAACUUCGUACUGACCAUCGAACCCGACGAAGGCAUGUACAAGGGCGGCAGCUUCGCGUUUUCUUUUGCGGUCAACCAGAACUUCCCGCAUGAUCCGCCCAAGGUGAAAUGCACGCAGAAGAUCUAUCAUCCGAAUAUUGAUCUCGAGGGUAAUGUGUGCUUGAAUAUUCUGCGGGAGGAUUGGAAGCCCGUGUUGAAUCUGAAUGCUGUUAUUGUUGGGAUGCAGUUCCUCUUCCUCGAACCGAAUGCGUCCGAUCCCCUUAACAAAGAGGCCGCGGAGGAUCUGCGGGUUAAUCGCGAGGCGUUCAAGCGGAAUGUUCGGACGUCGAUGGGUGGCGGGACAGUGCGGGGGGUGCAGUUUGAUCGCGUGAUGCGGUGAUUCUUUUGUUUUCUUCUCUUACGGUACGGUGGCAAGAGGGGGAUGUUUUGUGCUGGCCUGGAGGUUGUCGUUUGUGGUAGCCGGCUGAGUAUAGGUGAUUCUUUUGGUGCGGGUGGUGCAGUUGUUCUGUGAUGGGCACAGGCACCAUAUGGAGGCAGGGUGCGCGAGCAUGCAUUUGUCAUUUGAAUUCCAUUAGCGACUGGAUAGAUUCCCUGUUUAUGAAAGAGAUG